UGUUUAUUGUACGUUUGUAUACAAAUGUUUGUGCGAUUUUGCGCGUAUAGUUCAGCCGGUUUAUAAUGAAUGCACUUUGUUUUGGACGACUUUGCUCAUGGCGAUUGUAAUUUUUCCAAACAGUUACUAAAACGAAUCAAAACAUUUGUAAGAGCCGUUCAAAAAUGUUGUGCUCGGAGAGAAAAACUGUCACUCUAUUCCUUACUUUGCUAGUGAUAUGUGCAGUUGCAGAGGCUGAGUCGAAUUUAAAUAUGGGUGUUCUUGUAAGGAACUUAUUAACAAAUAUGGAGAGGAGCGCAGUUUGGGAUGAAAACUUACAUUUCGCACUUAUCUUCUCAGACUUUAUAAUCAAGCAGAAGGUCCGUUUUUAUGAGCCGACACGCUACGAAAGCCAAUUAUAUGAACAAAUAUUGAAAAAAAUCGCUGCAUUCCGAGCUAGAAUUACGAGUAAGAACGGAAUUGGAAGACUGAGUAAUGUUUUGCAGAAGAAUGUAGUUGUUUCGAAACCUAAACUUGUUGAACAUCAGAUAAAUACCGAGUUGGAGUAUAGAUCGUUGGAGCGAAAUUAUGAAAGUCUCCUAAACAGUGGAUACCCGAACUCAACAUUUUCAGAUCUUUGUCUGUUUCAUAUCACCGCAUUAGAUAAGUGUGAGGCAAUUAAAGAAGAGUGCAUUAAGAUGAUUACCUCCAACGAGCCGACAUAUGGCUAUUACCGGAUGCAUCAAAUUCUUAUACUUUAUAUAUUGAUGCAUCACACAUGUGCUCCACAUUUCGGAUCCCCGAUCGUGUAUGAAAUUCUUUCAACCCAACAUUGUUCAGAAGUUUAUCGCGAGCAUAGGAUUUUGGCUAGGUCCUUAUCUCAAGGUCGCCGAGAUUUGUAUACAGAACAAAGUGCGCUGUGUGGUCUUUUUGGUUUCAAGGAGUUCCUUAACAUGGCAGAAAUUCGGAAAAUUGUUUCCUGGGACAAGUUCGGUGUUUGCAACUGUGUCCGUGAAAUAACUGCUUUUCAGGCUUCAGACGAAGGUGACAUCUGCAAAUGUGCCGACCAUUUCCACAGUGUUGCCUUGCUACUAUAUGUAAAUGCUAUGUUGUUUCUUAACUGAGAACGCACUAAUUACUUGGUAUGUGUGUUUAUACCUACAAUACGCAUCACGCUUCAUAGAUACAAAAUCUUUACUAUAUUAUAAAUUAUGCAUAAAAAUGUUUCACAUGCUUAAUCGUAAAUGUCUAUGACUAACGAUGUUUCAUUCAAACGCAAUUGAAAACAAUAAAAAAAGAAGCUGAAGACACAGCCAUGCCGAAGUCUUUAUACCUCUGAUGA